GUCAUAAUCCAAGAUGUCAGCCACCAUCGGAAGACUGUUGAAGACCUCUGCCAAGGUUGCAGCAGGAGGACUGAGAGUUGCAGCAUCCUGUCCACAUGGCGGCUCUGUGAAUAGUACUGCAAGAAUACUCUCCUGUCCCACACUUCAGAGAGCCUUAUUCUCAACCAACACUGUCAGAUUUGCCCCUGCUGUCACUCAGCAUGCGCCUGCUUUCAAAGCCACGGCUGUCCACGAUGGGGAGUUCAAGGAGCUGAGUCUAAAUGACUUUAAGGGCAAAUACCUCGUUCUUUUCUUCUAUCCACUGGAUUUCACCUUUGUGUGCCCAACAGAGAUCAUCUCAUUCAGCGACAAGGCCAGUGAGUUCCAUGACAUUAACUGUGAGGUGGUGGGAGUGUCUGUUGACUCUCACUUCACCCACCUGGCUUGGAUUAACACACCGCGCAAGAAUGGAGGCUUGGGCAACAUCCACAUCCCUCUGCUUGCUGACCUUAACAAAGAGAUUUCAAGAGACUAUGGGGUACUUCUGGAGGGUCCAGGCAUUGCACUGAGAGGCCUGUUUAUCAUUGAUCCAAAUGGCAUAGUGAGGCACAUGAGUGUGAAUGACCUGCCAGUUGGGCGCAGUGUGGAGGAGACCCUGCGUCUGGUGAGGGCCUUCCAGUUUGUGGAGACCCACGGGGAAGUGUGCCCAGCGAGCUGGACCCCAGACUCUCCUACGAUCAAGCCGACCCCUGAAGGUUCGAAGGAGUACUUCGAAACCGUCAACUGAGGACACACUUCACAACUCUUACUAAAAACCGGUUAUCUUACAAUAAAUGUAACUGUGUGCUGUCUCCCUAAUAGUUUAUGAAAUACAUCUGCAUCUGUCCAUAUUCACCUGAAUAAAAUGUUCUUUACAUAG